UCGAUGUUCGUACCCCUCGUCAGUGUACGCUCGGCCAACAAAACUGCACGCAUGUGUUUCGCUCCGUUCCGUCGGGAAAUUAUUGUCGUCGAUCUUUGGGCGAGAUUUUAAAAGCGCACAUAAAAUCAAAAUGUACGGAUUCGUGAAUUACGCUUUAGAGCUGCUCGUGUUGAAAACAUUUGGCGAAGAGACGUGGGAAAAAAUCAAAAAAGAUGCAGAGGUUACAAUGGAUGGUCAGUUUUUGGUCAGACAAAUUUACGAUGACGAAAUUACAUACAAUUUGGUGUCUUCGGCUGCACAAAUUCUCGAGCUGCCCGCGAGUAGCAUAUUAGAACUGUUCGGGAAGAUGUUUUUCGAGUUUUGCCAGGAUUCCGGUUACGAUAAAAUCCUACAGGUGCUCGGAGCCACACCCCGGGACUUUCUUCAAAAUCUGGACGCUUUGCACGAUCACUUGGGCACACUGUAUCCGGGCAUGAGAGCACCGUCAUUCCGGUGCACAGAAAGGACAGAGGACGGCGCGCUCGUCUUGCACUACUAUUCCGACCGUCCCGGGUUGGAGUACAUUGUCAUCGGCAUUGUGAAGACCGUCGCCAGUAAACUGCAUAACACCGAGGUGGAAGUUGAAAUAUUACAAACUAAAGAGGAAUGUGAUCAUGUGCAGUUCUUAAUAACCGAAAAGAAUACCACGGGUCAACGUCAAAGCGAUCAAACAGCCGAAGUCGAGACACUAUCGCAAGAACCGAAAAUUAGUCCGGCCACGUUUUGCCAUGUGUUCCCAUUCCACCUGAUGUUCGACAGAGACUUGAACGUCCUUCAAACCGGUUGCACGAUCACCAGAGUAAUACCCAUGGUACAAGGGCCAGAACCAUGCAAAUUAACACAAAUCUUAUACCCCGUAAGACCUCAUUUGGAAUUGACAUUCGACAACAUUCUAGCGCACAUAAACACCGUGUACGUUCUGAACACGAAACCGGGAAUUAUGAACGGCGACUCCAACAACGGUUGUUCGAUAUCUCUGCGUCUCAAAGGCCAGAUGCUGUAUGUUCCGGAAACGGAUCUAAUGUUGUUUCUGUGUUACCCGAGUGUCGUGAAUCUGGACGAUCUGACCAAACGAGGCCUGUACAUCAGCGAUAUACCUUUGCACGAUGCCACUAGGGAUUUGGUGUUGAUGUCCGAACAAUUCGAAGCCGAUUUCAAACUGACCAUGGAUUUGGAAUUUUUAACCGACAAGCUCCAGCAGACUUAUAGGGAGCUGGAGAGCGAAAAACAAAAAACCGACAGGCUGCUGUACUCCGUGCUGCCGAUCAGCGUGGCGACAGAGCUGCGGCACAAGCGGCCGGUUCCGCCGAAAAGGUUCGAGUGCGUGACACUGCUGUUUUCCGGCAUAGUCGGCUUCAGCGACUAUUGUGCCGGUCACGCGGACUCGAAAGGCGCCAUGAAAAUCGUCCGGAUGCUCAACCAGCUCUACACGGCUUUCGACGUGCUCACCGACCCGAAGAAAAACCCAAACGUCUACAAGGUGGAGACUGUCGGCGACAAAUACAUGGCAGUCAGCGGACUUCCAGAACCUUGCGAAGAGCAUGUCCGGUGCAUUGCUCGGCUGGCUUUGGACAUGAUGGACCUCAGUCAUACGGUUGUAGUGGACGGUGUGCCUGUUCGCCUAACCAUAGGCAUACACAGCGGUGAAGUGGUAACCGGAGUGAUUGGUCACCGGAUGCCCCGGUAUUGUUUAUUCGGUAACACCGUAAAUCUAACCAGCAGGACAGAAACCACGGGCAUUCCAGGAAAAAUCAACGUCUCUGAAAACGCAUACAAUGUCCUGAAUCAGAGCAACAACUGGGACCCGCAGUUCGAGUUCACAUACAGGGGCCUGGUGCCGAUGAAAGGAAAACCGGAACCAAUGAAAGUUUGGAUUUUGACCAGGAAACGUGCAGACGACGAAAACACCGAAGCGUUGCAACAAUAAUAAUUAAUAAUAAUAAUAAUAAUAAUAAUAUAAGAAUAAUUAUAGUUCAAUUUUCUUCUUCGAAUUUCCCUAUACGGUUUGUCUGUCGUAGUUUAAAAUAUUGCAGAUGUAUGUCAUCGAAAGCAAACAACAUAUAAAAAUAGAAUAUUAUAUAAUUAUAAAAGUACCACAUAAACUAUAGCGUUUGUCAUUAUUAUUUUUUUUUUUUUCCACUUCGGAAAAAUCGAUCGUCCUUCGUGUUUCUCUCGGCUUUUGGUUUCGGUAUUUUGGCGCCGGAAUGUCAGAGAUCCCAUAAUAGUAUAACGCCGGCCGACUUGUCCUUAACAAUUACGUGUUAUUAUUAUCAUCAUCAUCAUCAUCAUCAUCAAACACGAAUACCGAACGGGUGGGCACAAUAUAAUAAUAAUAAUAAUAAUAAUAUGAUAAGACGUAUUAUUAUAAGUGAUUCUAUCGUUGAAGGACCGCGGCGGCUGCAGCGGCAGUGCGGGAAAAAAAAAAGUAGCCCAAGAUACCUGGCUGCCUACCUGUUGUUACUACCUAGGUACCUCACGUUAUUCCCGUCUGCCGCGUGUUUCCGCCGGUCUGGUGGGGCGUGUACAAACUGGUUUGCGCGAUCUCGUCCAUCCACGUCGGACUGGUUAGUGGUUACCGUCCUGUACCGACAGUCUUGUUCUUGGAAGAUCGCGUCGCGCGCGUCCACUCGUCUAGAUAUUUGGUAACUCCGUUUCGUGGUUGUUUCGUCGGCAAACGGUUUUUCGAUUUUGAUUUCGCAGGCAUAAGCGUUUGUUUUUUGUUUGUGGCCGUUAUUUUUUAUUAUUUUUUUUUCGUCCGAUACCCACGCAAAUCUCUUCACACACCUGUUUCAA